CCAUGGAUUUUCUCCUUCCUCAGCUUGUUUUCUCGGCAUCUUCAGGCCCCCCACCCCCUGUUCGCAUAUAUAUAAACACCCAAUAAUAUAAUCAUAUUUCUCAUGGCAGAAGAGCACCAAGCAAUAGCAAUCAACCCACAGCUGGUCAUCAUCUUCCUAGAGAACACAUGGCAUCACCACCAAGAAACACGCUCCGUGUUCUCUGCACAUUGAUCACCAUCUUCCUUCUCUUAGCAGGUCUUGCAGUUCUAAUAGUCUGGUUAAUUUACAGACCUCACAAGCCCCAGUUCACUGUAGUUGGGGCAGCUAUAUAUGACCUUAACAACACAUGCCCACCUUUCAUUUCCACCUCCAUGCAGUUCUCUCUUGUGACUAGAAACCCCAACAGGAGGGUCUCGAUCAUGUAUGAUAAACUCACUGCCUAUGUAUCAUACAGGAACCAAGCUAUAACUCCUUCACUGGCAUUGCCACCACUUUAUCACGCGACAAAGAGCACGGUGGCCCUGUCUCCGGUGCUUGGUGGGGCAGGGGUGCCAGUUUCAGUGGAAGUUUCAAACGGGUUGGUGAUGGAUGAGGCAUAUGGGGUUGUGGCGCUGAGUGUGGUGUUGUUGGGGAGGUUUAGGUGGAAGGCUGGGGCUAUAAAGACUCUGAGAUAUGGAGUCUAUGUGAAGUGUGAUGUCUGGGUGGGUUUGAAGAAGGGCUUUGUAGGGCAGGUGCCUUUGCUUGGGUCUCCAAAGUGUAAAGUCGAUAUAUGAAGUUAAUCAUGAAGGUAUGAAACCUUACAAGGCCAUCAUGAGCUGCGAGCUAAUUUCUUCUGUGUUUUUUUCCUUCUUUAUGCGGGUUUUAGUGUACUUUUUUUCUUGUUUUAUAUAUAUAUAUAUAUUAUGCAGACUUCCCUUUUUUA